UCUUCCAUAAUUCAACGGCUCACAAGUUGCUCACACCUCACACAACCUCCUUGCACUCCGACCUAACAACGCGACCUCAUUUCAUCACCAAACCUUUUUUAAAUAUCCAGUGUUCCUUUUUUAACUUUCGGCAAUGGAACGCUUUGAUUCAAUGGACUCCAAUGGUUCUGACUACGAAUGCUGCGGCGGCGGCAGUUGCUCCAGGAGUGAUAGCAUCUCGCUGCCCUUCGACCCUGGCUGUCUGGAGAACGUCAUCCUCAACAUUGGAGAUGUCUUCGACCUUCGCGUCUUGAUGUCAAGCGAUCGGGUUAAAGGAGCUUUGCUGCUGACGGGCGGGCUAGCAGUGGCGGGCGGGCUGCUAGGGCGGCACGUGGGCGGGCAGCUGGGCGCCGCCGUCGGAGGCGCUGUGGGCGGCGCCUGCGGACUGGGCAUCGUCGCCAUAUCAAUGCGCGACAUCUGGCAAGAAAUCAAAGCUAAGCUAUCUGAGCUUUUCGACAUCGUCUACGAUUACUUAGCGGGCAUGGGCAUCAACGACUACAGGAAAGCCUUCAGUUUCAUUACUCAGAAGAAUGCCAUGUCCAAAGAGUUGGCUAUGGUGGUCGUCCAGUUCACCGCUUCUGUUCUAGGCAAGAAGGUCCUAUCCAGCCUGACUCAGGGGCAGGGGUAAUAAGUGAAACCUCUUUAUAGAUUAGAAACCAUAGACUUAGAGUUUUUAUUUUUAUUUUGACUUUUUAAAUUCUAUUAUUGUUAGGUAGAUAGAGGUAGAUCUGUUAGUAGAUAGUGGGUGGAUAGAUAGGCCGUAGAUUAGCGUUAAGACAGUGUUAAAAUGUGAUAUCUAAGUACUUAAUUAAAUCCAACUUGUAUUUUAUGGUAGUUAGGAAGUUUAUAUGACUUUUUUUAUUGAUGAUAUUGAGAUAAUAUAUUAAUAAUUUAACUGUAUUUUUUCUUGAAUAUAACGAUGUAUGUACUAAGUAAUUAAGAUAAUAAUUUUAAAUAAGUUACAGUUCCUUUUGUACUAAUAGUUGAAAGUAGGCAGUUGACGUCAUAGAACAACGCGGACUCGGGUAUGGUUGACGUUAAGGGACAUAAGUAAUUAUUGUUUUGUACGUAACUAGAUGUGUAACUAAUUCUGAUACUUUAUUUAUUUAAUUUAGUUAUGGACGCUGGUAGUCAAUAAAGUUGUAAUUUUAAGAAAAAAAAA